GUUUAGGUGAGCCUAACCCAGCCCAAAUGGUGGGCCCACGGGGGUGGCAUUUCAACUAGGGGCCCAAAGUUAUUUUUCUGACUUUCCCUUCCGGAGUGCUAAAGCAAAUUUUCUCACAGUUUCUCACUUGCCAAACGGAGGCGAGGUUUCCCCAGGGGAAAAAAAUGGAGAAGAUGAACCACGCAUUCGAGAGGGUUAAGAUUCUAGUUGGAAUGGAGGUGGAUGACGACCAAAACGUCGCCGCACCACCUGAUGAUGGCCCAUUCUCUUUCAUGGAUGACUUCAAUCGCGACUGCACUUUGUCCACCAAACAGAGAUUUUAUGGUUUUGCCAUAUGCUUGGCUGCUGGUUUAACUUGUACACUCUUGUCAAUGCUUGUUUUCUUCAAUCCAAUCAAGUUCGGGAUAACAUUCACCUUUGGCAAUUUGCUUGCACUUGGGAGCACAGCAUUCCUCAUAGGCCCAAAACGGCAAGUGACCAUGAUGCUUGACCCUGUUCGUAUUUAUGCAACAGCCAUAUACCUUGCAAGUAUAAUAAUUGCCUUGUUUUGUGCUCUCUAUGUUCGUAACAAGUUAUUGACACUCUUGGCAAUCAUGUUAGAGUUUGGUGCACUAAUUUGGUACAGUUUAAGCUACAUCCCCUUCGCGAGGUCCAUGGUUUCAAAGAUCAUGGUUUCUUGUUUUGACACAGAAUUUUGAGGUGAUGUAUGGUGAUUGAAAGACCCUAGAGAUGAAUACGAUUCAGUGAAGACCCAUAUGGCUGUUCCGUGGGUUGCGGACAGAGGUUGUUCCAACUUAAUCAAACCAAAACAUGAACUGAAAGACUAAUUCUCUCUGUAUAAAUCACUCGUUGAGCUUCAUAGUUUUCUUUCUUUUA